AUGCGGUCCAUUCUGGUGAUUCCAAGCUUCGUAGCAGUACUCAACGCCUUCUCCCUGUUUCCCAAACCCCAUGAUGACUUCAAGUAUCUCAUCACCUUUGGAGACAGCUACACCGACAACGGCCGCCUAGGCUACUAUGGCUCUCAUCAAGCCCACGGACCGCCUCCGGGCGUGAUGCCCCCCGAGGCCAACGUCACGGCCAGCGGAGGCCUGCAAUGGCCUCAAUACGUCGAAGCCAGCACUGGCGCAACCCUCUACGACUACGCCAUCGCCGGAGCGACGUGCGACAACAACAACGUGGAACGAUGGGCAGCAUUCAUGAAUGCCAACUAUCCAUCCAUCAUCACUGAUGAGAUCCCCUCGUUCAAGGCAGAUCGCAAGACGAAGCUGUACAGGGGCGUUACCUCGGCAAACACGGUGUAUGCCCUGUGGAUAGGGACAAACGACCUGAGCUAUACAGGCAUCCUCAGCGACUCGCAAGUGAAGGGAACAAACAUCACCACAUACAUCGACUGUCUUUGGAACGUCUUUGACGCGAUCCACGCUGCUGGCGGUCGCCGCUUCGUCAUCCUCAACAAUAAUGCUCUGCAGCUUACGGGGCUGUACCGUCCGUUGUCAGACGGAGGAGCGGGCGACAAUCAGUUCUGGCAGAACAAGACGCUCUACAACCAGACCGAAUACGCCCAGAAGAUGCUCGAGUACACGACUUCGUCAAAUACAAUGAUCGACUACGGUGUGCCGUUCCAUUUGCUCGUCAAGAAUCGCUGGCCGGGAUCCAAGGUUGCGGUGUAUGACAUACACAGCCUCAUCAUGGACAUUUACAACCAGCCCAGCCGCUAUUUGGAGCCUCCGCAUAAUGUCGUGGGCUAUUAUAAGCAUUGUGACGUGAAUGGAACAAACUGUUUGUAUGGGCCGGGACGCCUCGAUUCCUAUCUUUGGUAUGAUGAGUUGCAUCCUUCAAACAUAACAGCCUCAUAUAUAGCGCGCGAGUUUCUAAACGUCGUCUCUGGCCGUUCCAAGUAUGGCACUUAUUGGGAGCACUGGUAGAUGAACAACGACAACACAUGUAACGAGACAAUGACUUUUAUUCUAGCUAAAAGCUGAGACAUUCUAAAUGAAUUCU